GCUCAUGUGAAGGCAGACAUCUGAGCCGACUGUGUUUCUGGCACAGGUAGGAAAUGCAAAUGAAGUCAGUUAGAGCAGCUUCACAUUCUCACCGUAUCGCUCGCUUUCAAUCUUUAAAACCAUUUGCAUCCAAGAGCAGAAGCAAAGACAUUUCUUCAUGACUUGAGCUGCGAGACUCGACUCCAAACCAUGACGAUGAGCUUCUUUGGAAAACUGAAGAACCUACACAGUGGACCUCCAGCUCCCCCUAGAAGGACAGAAAACAAUGCAGGCUUUGGGUGGCCACAGGAUGAGUUUGACGACGAGGAAGGCGACAUGUACGAAGCGCCUCCCUGUGAGCGUCCGGCCGUGAAAGUCCCACCGAGACAAGUGGAGGAGAACAUUUAUCUGGAGCGGACGUCCAGUCCUGCUGUCCCCCAGAGGCAGGCCGCUCCUCCUCCUCCCAGACCAAGCAAAUCCUCGAAACCGCCUGAGAUAGACAGAAAUGAGAAGCCUGGGAGGAAGGAGAUGAUGCCUCCUCCAGCAGGUCGCCCUGCUCCUGCUCCAAUCCCUGCACCCAUCGAGGAAGAUGUGUAUCUGGAUCCAAAUGAGGAACAGGAAGACAGCGAUGAACUUUAUUUAGAACCAACAGCAGCUUGCCCUCCUGCCCCACGUCAGCCAGCGAGGAUGCCUCCACCAACCAAGGCACCUCUUGUACCUACUUCCAUCCCCAUGAUGAAGCCUCCGGUUCCCAGAGCCAAGUCUAAUUCAGUGCUGCCUUCGCUGAGUGAGAUAAAAACAGCUCCCCCGGUUGAAGAGAGACGAGCCACUUUUCCUACCAAACUGCCCCCGCCAACUCCCAGCAUGAAGCCGCUUCUGCCAGCAAUCCUGAAGGAAGCCAAACCCAGCCCUCCAAAUCCUCCCAUGGCAGACCUUAAGUCUGUGGCCUCCUUUGGUGGGAUGAGGCCAACCAGGCAAUCUGGGAAUGAGGACAAAGAGUGGUUUGCUGGAGACUGCAGCAGAAGGACAGCGGAGGAACUCUUAAUGAGACUCAACAAGGACGGUGCCUUCCUCAUCCGGCACAGCUCGGCUCAGAGCGCCCGCCAGCCGUUCACCCUGGCCGUGCUCUACCAGCAGAAGGUGUACAACAUCCCCAUCCGCUUCCUGGAGGACACGCAAGGCUACGCCCUGGGGAAGGAGGGCAAGAAGAACGAAGAGAUUUUCACCAGCCUGGACGAGAUGAUUUCUCACCACAAGAAUAACCAGCUGCUUCUGAUUGACAGCAAGAGUCAGGCCAAGCACACGGCUCAUUUAACUCACCCUGUGCGCCCUUAAAGCUGCACUUCCACUGGCCCGUCUAAAGCCGUGUUCACAUGAGUCACAAGGAUAACGGCACAGUUUGAAAGUUUCCCUUCUUGGAAACACAGCAGACUGACUGUGUGUCACUCUUACAUGUAUAUUUACGGUCGCGCAGCCGAGACGCUGUUUUGUUAAUAAUCGAGAACAGAUGAUGCAAACUUUACUGAAAUAUUGUCGGAGAUGUUGAAAAGCCUUCAUGACUCAGCAGCAGCAACGGCGUAAAACUCACUCAGUUCUGUGGCCUGACGGAGCGAUUUUUCUCUCGUGCACCCCGUCAUCAUCAUUGCACAAGGUUAACUGAACUCUAGUAAAAAGGAAACUGGGUUUUUUACUUUAAUAGUCAUUAAGUCUGCGUGUUUCUGCCUCUGGAUGAAACAAUGACGGUGUUGCUGUCGAACUGCUCUGUCUCACUGACUUUUAAAAACUGUAUAUUUCUGCUGUGGAAAGUCAUCAAACCACCUCAGAAAAGCCUGCAGCUAAAACGUUAACCAUCACCUCUUUCCUUUUUGCUCAUUUACAUUUACUAUAGCAACCCUAUCUAACAGAUAAACAUCGGUUUCAAUGACCUAUUUUACUUCAGUGUGCAUCUGCCUCCCAAGUCAGUGUCACUACUUUGAUGUCUCAUGUGCUGCCCUUCCAGUGUGAUAUUGUAGAUAUUGUGCAAUAUAGACCUAAAUACAUCCACGUUCUAUUGUUUUCAUUCGCUGUCUUUCCUUGUGUUUACUGCUGCUGACCAGAAACCAUCAGCUAACCUGAACUUUAACCGACCACAUGUCUUUGUUUGGGGUUUCUGUGGUUCAUUUAGAGGAUUAAGUACAUUACGAAAGACUGAUGCUUGAUGAAAGCCUGUGAGUAAACCCUAAUGUGUGUGUUUGUUGUGUAGUAGUGUGUGUGUGUGCUGCUGCUGCUGCUGCUGCUGCUGACCAGACACGCUGCUUCCUGUCAGGGUGAAACCAUCUCCUCUGUGGCCAAACCAUAAAUCCUCAGCCUGGAAUACCACAUGGCAGAAUAA